AUGAUUAGAAGCUCUUAUCAUAUCCUAUUUGUUGUUUUAUUAUCAUUGAUUCUAGGAUAUUAUUUGAGAGGGAUUGAGAUUGGAGAGUUUGGAUACAGAAACAAGGUUUUUGAGAAGAUUUCUACGUUGAAAAUGGCGGAGCAUAUACAUGAUGGGGAUGUGACGGAGAAGAAUAGAGAACAUUGGGACACGCACGCCUCAACCUACGACACGCGGUUCCAAAAAACCAUGGAACAACUAAUCUCCAUCAUCCAAGAAGACCGCACCAUGUCCUUUAUCGGCGCCAAUUGGGCCACCGAAACCUCUCCCCCAGAGCAUACCGUCAAGCUCCUCGACUACGCCUGCGGCACCGGUCUCAUCACCCGUGCUCUACUCCCCACCAUCACCCGCGCCAUCGGCAUCGAUCUCUCUUCCUCCAUGGUAUCGCAAUACAACGCACGCGCAUCCAACCAAGGACUUUCUUCAUCCGAAAUGUUUGCUCAUCAAGGAAACUUGCUUUCCUCUGAGCCAGCCCCGGAAUUGGAGAUUGAAGAUCUCUAUCAAUUUGAUAUUGCGGUUGUGGGAUUGGGAUUUCAUCAUUUCUCAAACCCGUCUUUGGCGGCGAGGAAAAUUGGAGAGAGGUUGAAGAAAGGUGGGAUUUUGGCCGUAGUUGAUUUUGAAAGUCAUGAUGGGUAUGGAAAUCCUCAUGAUCAUGGGGAGCAUGGUCACGGACAUGGUCAUCAUGGACACGGACAUGAACAUCAUGAGGAGCUAAAUGAACAAGCUCAACAAGCAAAGGAAACAGUUACUCAUCAUGGAUUUUCCGAGGAGGAGAUCAAGAAGAUUUUCGUCGAUGCAGGUGUAGGUGCGGAUUUCGGAUAUAUGGUAUUGGGGAAGGGGAUUGUGUUUCAUGGAACUGGGGUUGAGGGAGGGAGAAAAGAUAUGAAGAGGGCAGUUUUUAUGGCGAGAGGUGUCAAAUUGUGA